AUGGACGCCGAACAUGACCAACAGCAGCAGCAACAGCAGGCGGAUGCCAACGGCACCGCAGGCGCAGCCCAGAUCAGCACAUCCUUCUUCCCGCCCCCGCCCCAGGUCUACCUUAAGUACACCCGGCGCAACCUCGCCCUCCUCUCGGUGCUCCAGUCACACCGCCUAGGUCCAGAAGAGACACCAUGGGAAUUUCUAGAUCCCGAAGCGCGCAUGCAGCGCCAGACGGGCAUUCUCCGCGACCACUUGCGCCAGGUCAGGGCCCGCAAGCGCCGCCGGAAACUCGAAAAGGCCGACGACGCGCACGCGCACGACGCGGGCGGUGACGACGUCAAGAUGCAAGAGGCUGGCUUCGCAGACGGUGAUGAAGAAGCUGCGAACGACGACGAGGAGCUGCCAGACUUUGACCUCCUCCUCGAGCUCGACCGACCAAAGGUCGAAUGGAUCGAGGAAGACGGCGGCUAUACCGUGUUUGGGCAGCACUGGCCAAUACCGGACGUCACGCCGACGUUGGAGGAGCUCGGCAUACCCACGAUACUGCCGCCCAGUACCACCGCCGACCGCAAGCAACAGCUCACGACUCUGCUGCAAAGCCUGCUGCACACCUACCGCGCCCUGACCUCGGACCUCUUACGUCCGGCGCAGCCCUACGACGUGUGGGUGCCCGCCGCCGCGCCGGAUCCGGCGGCGCAAGAGGGGGCGGGGCAGCCGGUGCAGCCUCCUAUGGGCUUCUGGACGCAGUCGACCGAGGCCAAGGACCGGCUGCAGCAUAUCCAGAACGUCGUCAUCAACAUGCAGUUUCUCAUCAACGAGCUGAGGCCGACGCAGGCGAGGGAGACGCUCAAGCUCAUGAUGCAGAUGCAGCUGCAGCGCAGGAGGGAAGAGACGGCGCUGAUACGGCAGCGGUGCGAGCAGAUGCGGGAAAAGGUCGAGAGUAUCCGGCGGAUGGUGCGGGACGGCGAGUAG